GAGGCGCGGGCGGCGCGCUGCAGCCAUGCUGUUCUGGCACACGCAGCCCGAGCACUACAACCAGCACGGCGCCGGCGGCUACCUGCGGGAUGUGCUCGCUCUGCCCAUCUUCAAGCAGGAGGAGCCCCAGCUGUCCCCCGAGAACGAGGCGCGCCUGCCGCCCCUGCAGUACGUGCUGUGUGCCGCCACGUCCCCGGCCGUGAAGCUGCACGAAGAGACGCUGACCUACCUCAACCAAGGUCAGUCUUACGAAAUCCGGCUGCUGGAGAAUCGGAAGCUGGGAGACUUCCAGGAUCUGAACACAAAGUACGUCAAGAGCAUCAUCCGUGUGGUUUUCCAUGACCGCCGGCUGCAGUACACGGAGCACCAGCAGCUGGAGGGCUGGCGGUGGAGCCGGCCCGGGGACCGGAUCCUGGACCUCGAUGUCCCACUGUCUGUUGGUAUCUUGGACCCCAGGGCCAGCCCGACCCAGCUGAACACAGUCGAGUUUUUGUGGGACCCUUCGAAGAGAGCCUCCGCGUUCAUUCAGGUGCACUGCAUCAGCACGGAGUUCACCCCGAGGAAGCACGGGGGCGAGAAGGGGGUGCCGUUCCGGGUGCAGAUCGACACGUUCAAGCAGAACGAGAAUGGGGAGUACGCCGAGCACCUGCACUCCGCCAGCUGCCAGAUCAAGGUGUUCAAGCCGAAGGGUGCGGACCGGAAACAAAAGACGGAUCGGGAGAAGAUGGAGAAGAGGACCGCCCAGGAGAAGGAGAAGUACCAGCCGUCCUAUGAGACCACCAUCCUCACCGAGUGCUCUCCGUGGCCCGACGUGGCCUACCAGGUGAACAGCGCCCCGUCCCCAAGCUACAACGGCUCUCCAAACAGCUUCGGCCUCGGCGAAGGCAACAGCUCACCGACCCACUCCCACCCGCUGGAGACCCUGCCCGUGGGCAGUGACCACCUGCUCCCGUCCGCCUCCAUCCAGGACGCCCAGCAGUGGCUGCACCGCCACAGGUUCUCGCAGUUCUGCCGGCUCUUCGCCAGCUUCUCAGGCGCUGACUUGCUGAAGAUGUCUCGAGAUGACCUGGUGCAGAUCUGUGGCCCUGCAGAUGGGAUCCGGCUCUUCAACGCCAUCAAAGGCAGGAACGUGAGGCCGAAGAUGACCAUCUAUGUCUGCCAGGAGGUGGAGCAGAGCCGGGCACCCCUGCAGCAGAAGCGGGACGGAGGCGGGGACAGCGGGCUGUGUGUGUACCACGCCAUCUUCUUGGAAGAGCUGACCACCUUGGAGUUGAUUGAGAAGAUCGCCAACCUGUACAGCAUCUCCCCACAGCACAUCCACCGAGUCUACCGGCAGGGGCCCACGGGCAUCCACGUGGUAGUCAGCAACGAGAUGGUGCAGAAUUUCCAGGAUGAAUCCUGUUUUGUCCUCAGCACCUUAAAAGCGGAAAGCAGUGAUGGCUACCACAUCAUCCUGAAGUGUGGCCUCUGAGCAGCACAACGGCAGCUGCCUCCACCGCCCAGCCCCGUGGACCCCCUUGGAUGUAGGAAUUGCACCAUCGGAAGCUGCUGCUCCCUGACCAGCUGUGGCUAGAAGGGACCUUGCCGGUCUAUGGAAGCCGCACACCGGCAGCCAGCAGACCUCUGCAAGCAGAUCCCCCGGCUCCUCUCUCCCUGCUCCUGGCCGCCAGCUUCUGAGUGGUUCCUUGGUCCUCCCCACACCCGCCUCUCUAAAGAGGCCGACAGCGGUGAGGGGGCAUCUGGUCGGAAUGCCUCGCUCUCCUAGUUGGAGGCCAGUUCCUGGGCUGUCUUGGUGCCAGUGUGUUUGUUCCUUCGACCUCCCCCUGCCUCCAGACAAAGCUCUGCCCAACCUUCGCCUUCCUCUCUGGUAACUGGCUCCGGGGCCAGGACUGCCUUGAUGGGGGCGGUUUGCCACCAUCAUCUGUCUUCGUGCUGAUUUCCGUUCUCGAUGACCCUGGUGAGCAGCUGUCUGUCCUGUUCCCGGGUGGGUUGAUGGGAGUGGGGUUUAUUCCAUGCCUCCUUCUUUCACUUCACCUUGUUUCUGAGGAUCUGCUACUUCAAAGCCCAGCGGUGGGCUCUCCUCUGCGUAGCUGUGGUGGACACCACGUACGCGUGUGGGACCUGCCACGCAGACCUAGGCCUGGGAGGUGGGGAGUGGGCAGAAAGGCUGUUUUAGGCUCACUCUCAUCCCUUUUAUACUCAUAAAAGGGAUGAGAACAAAAUAACUCCUCUUGAGUUCCUUUGGUGUAGUUUUAUUCCUGUAGUCAUGGGUAAGGAGGGAGGACUAGGAAGUCAUCCCAUUGUGUGAUCCAAUGACCUUGACUGUCACGAUGCCUAGCCCUCUUGGUGCCUCACCAAAUCCCAUUUAGAGAAGACUCAGCUACCUGCUGCCAAGCCUGCCAAGUUCCCUAAGGAUCCGAUGUUGUCCGUGAGGCCCGCCAGGAAGUGUGGAUCUGUUUUCAUUUGCAGGGGAUGUGGUUGGAGCGUUUCCCCCGAGUUUCUGUGCUUGGAUCACCUUUCUUAGUGGUAUAGGAGGGAAUUCAAUAUCAGUACCUGGUACAUAAGGAAUUCCUCUUUGUCUUGCCUCUGUUUCCUGGGAAACAGGAAUUAAUACUGGCCCAAGGCUUCCACUCUCUGCUCAUUUAGGUUCAUCUGCCAAAGCAUGGUGAGCCUGUUCCAACUGAGCAGGGAUUUGCCGCUUCUGAAGUAGAGCUUUUGGGAUGUAGUGUUAGGGUCCGAGCGGGUCAGAACUCGGGGAGCCUGGUUACAGAUGGGGAAACUGAAGCCCAGAUAACAUCCGUUUGAUAUCACAGUGACAGGGUGAUGACAUUCGUUUAUCAGACAAACCAGGGCGCUUCGUAGAGUGAGUGGGAUGUCAUAAUGAUUAUGUUGGGAUAUCAGGGUGGUACUCCCACAGCGUAAAGACAGAUUCCUGGUUCCUAUUCCUUUUUUGGGGGGAAGAAGGAGCCAAUAACAGCUUUACUGAGAUAUAGUUCACUUACCAUCCAGUUUACCCACUUCGAGUGUACAACUAAAUGGUUUUUGGUAAGUUCACAGAAUGACCAUCAAUUGUAGAACAUUUUCAUCCCCCACCCUGUACCCUUUAGCAAUCACUUUCCCACUUUUCUCCUGCCUCCCUGGUCCUGGGCAACCCCGAGUCUACUUUUGACAUAGCUUCCCUGUUUGGGGCGUUUUAUACAUGGAUGGAAUCAGACAAUAUGUGGUCUUUUGUGACUAGCGUCUUCAACUUAGCAUAAUGCUCUCUAGGGUCAUCCCUAUUGAACGUGUAUCAGUACGUCAGUCCUUUUUAUAGCUGAGUCAUAGUUCAUUCAAUGGAUAGACUACCUUUUGUUUGUCCAUUUAUCACUUGAUGGACGUUUGAGUUGUUUCUACUUUUGGGCUAUUAUGAAAAAUGCUGCUAUAAACAUUCUUCUAUUACAACUUUUAUGUA